AUGACUGAACUUGGCUUUUUGGCAUUGUUUCACAAGCAUUUCCAAAUGGAGCUAUCAGCUUCCCCGGAAUUACAAACAGCCCUUAGCCGAAUUAACUGGCUGAGGCAUUUUUGGGGGGUAAGAAGGGUAGUAGAACCUUCUUUAUUAGCAGCAGGAGGGGCAGUAUUAGAUACAGUCCAUUUAGCCGUAGGGUCAGCUAGUCUAUUGACUGAUCUACUACAACGAUCUUCACAACGUGCUUGGGAAGGCGCAUCAGGAUUGGCCUAUUAUCCCAUCAGCCGAGUCGGGCAAUUGGUACAUUGGAGUCUUUUACGUACAGGUCGUCAGAUAUGGACUGGUCAGCCGUAUCGUAGUCCUUUACAUCUCCAUCCAUGGCUUCGUGAUAAUCAGACUCACUCGGCUUCACUACCCCAACUCACUUCUACAUAUGUACCAGCUGUACUUAGUAGUGCCAAAUACGAAGACCUCUUACAACGUUAUUCACCUGAAGCCUGGCGUACUCUUAAGACUACUUACUCAGUCGGUGAGCUUCUAGCUAUUCGUUCUCUUAUCUUUCCCAAUUCCAAACAAUCACAUCCUAAGAUAAGUUUUAUAGCUGAUUUAUACAACGAAUCUAAAGACCAAAUCUUAUCUCUUAAAAGCACCUGGACUUUAGUUCCUAAUAACAACCGCUAUCAAAUCCACCAAGUCCAAGCCGAGCACAUGCACCUGCACUAA